UUCGUUAGCGUGAGAGAAUAAUAAAAUAACGUUUGUUGAUGUUUUGCCAAAACAUUGUCGAUUUCUGAAGGAGCAAGAACCAACGAUUACUACAAAACAAAACACAAAAACGCGCGUAUUUGUCGAAGAAAAUGGCUGAGAAAAUAUAUAAGCCACUGCCAACAGCUAACGGGCAUGUAGCCGUUAACGCAACUGAAGUACCCCAUAAUAACGAUGACAUCCGAUCCAAAGACGUUUCGGACCAAGAUGAAAACAAGGUUCGGGGAAACUGGUCAGGACAGUUUGAUUUUAUGCUGUCUUGUCUUGGGUAUGCAGUGGGUCUUGGAAAUGUCUGGCGCUUCCCUUAUUUGUGCUAUUCAAAUGGAGGGGGGGCAUUUUUAAUACCAUACACCAUUAUGCUGUUUUUCGCUGGUAUCCCACUGUUCUUCCUUGAGCUUGCGUUUGGCCAGUACUGCAGUCUUGGACCCAUCUCUGCAUGGCGUUCAGUUCCGAUUUUGCGAGGAAUUGGUUAUGGAAUGAUGGCUGUGUCUUUCUACGUCGGUAUAUACUACAAUGUCAUCAUCACUUAUACCAUCCGUUACAUGUUUGCCUCACUCACGAGCAGUCUGCCGUGGGUUGGCUGUGACCAUUCAUGGAACUCGAUUUUCAACUGUGCUGAGAAGGUCCAGGAAUGUGUGCAUGGCAAUGGUACCUUUGUCACAUUUAAUAAUACGUGCGAUAAUAUUACGAACUACAGCGAGGAUGAGUUAGCUAUGUACAACAUCUCUGCUGACGGUAAUAAAACAUUAUACGUAGAUCCAUUCAAGGAGGAACGCCAUGGAGCAAGUGAAGAAUAUUAUUUAUACGAGGCCUUGCAGAGAUCAGAUAGUAUUGAAGAUACUGGGUACGUCGUGUGGGAGCUGGCACUGUGCCUCUUUCUAGCCUGGGGUAUAGUGUUUGUCUGUCUAGCAAAGGGCAUAAAAUCAUCAGGAAAGGUUGUUUACUUUACAGCGACGUUCCCCUAUGUCGUCCUCUUCAUUUUACUUAUCAAGGGCCUAACUCUGGAUGGACAUCAGAAGGGCAUCGAGUAUUUCAUCACACCUCAGUGGCAUCGAUUGAAAGACCCAAAGGUGUGGAAAGAUGCUGCUGUCCAGAUUUUUUACUCCCUUAGUGCCUCGUGGGGUGGUUUAAUCACCUUGGCUUCCUACAACAAAUUCCGCAAUAACUGCUUCAGAGAUGCAAUGAUUGUCCCAAUUCUAAACUGUUUAACAAGUUUGUUGGCUGGUUUUGUCAUCUUUUCUAUCCUUGGUUACAUGGCCAAACAACUCGAUAUGCCAGUGGAAGAGGUAGUAGAACAAUGUAAGUAAAUAAUAACAAUAUAAUAACA